CUCAGACUGAUGUCGACAGAGCAAGACACCGGGGCACUGCCACGACGCAGUGCCAGAAUCGCAGUUCGUGCCCGCCCUGUAGUGCCUCCAAGAACGAAGAAACGCAGCAGACGGACAACUCCAGCAGCAUCAAGUACGGCAUUGACGGUACAAGACGCCACCGGAGAUCAUCCCACAUACCUAGUCCGAGGAGCCAAUGAGCCCGCGGCUGAUUAUCGUGGGCGGCUACUGGCAUUUUCAGAAGCCGUAGCUGCCGUCGAGGUCCGGAAGGAGAUAGCAGAGGCAGAACGUCAGCGGCUAGCCAAUGAGGUGGCAGCCGAAGCUCAGAGAACGACUGAGACUGAUGCAGCGACACGAGACAGACGGAAUGCCAGCAGCACGGAGUCCUUGAUUGCUUGUGAGCAUCAGUGGACGACGGUACUCCAAGACAUGAUCUUUGUGCCUACAGAAGCGCAGGCAGACCUGACACCGGCGGAGGCAGAGAGAAGUAACCUGGCUAACUUGCUGUUAGGCAUGAUGAGAGGUAUUAUGUGGAAUAAUACACUGCUGCAGUCACAUCUGCGCGCGGACGUAACGCAGCGACAAACAUACAAGAAUGAUAUGACUACGUUAACCACUGCUAUCCGCACAGAGGCAAUGCAGCAGCAGCAACAGCAUCAUUUGUUGAAUUCCACUAUCACACGCGUCAACAGCAUAGAGGCUAACGCCUCAGCAGCACCAGGCUGCACGACAGACGUGACGAAGCAACUCAACGAGCGCAUCGAUCACGUCGUCACCAUCAUCGGCGACAUAAGUACGUUCACUGGACCAGACUCGAUCAGCAGCAUGGUGGCCGCCAUCAAGACGGACCUCACCAAGCUACAGACGAGACCGGAAGCCGCUACAAAGACGUUCAAGAUGCCGCACUUCGACAUCAGCAAGUUCGACGACUACAACAAGUCGAACGCCUUGUCAUGGUGGCAACGCUUCCUCACGGAAGCAUCAUGCCGCAUGGUCCCGGCGGACGACAUGUUGAAGGCAAUAUAUCUGUAGGUGAUUGGAGGAGCGCAGGGAUGGAUGAACCACCUAGCGGCUACACACAAGUGCACUAUCGCCGAACUCCACACGCACAUUACGUGGAAGGAGUUCGAGCAGCUAUGGUUCACCCGGUUCAUGGUCCGCAACGUCGUGAAGGCGGCCAUGAAUGAGGUGUACACAUGCUCUCAAGGGAACAUGCCAACUCGAGACUGGACAACAAAGUGGCAAAAGAUAGUGACCACAGCAGG